UUUUUAUUCAUCAUCGGUUCAUUGUCUCAGGUCAAAUAUCCUCCUAAUCAAGUCGGGCUCUAGUUUUCGUGCUCUAACAUCAUCUACACAUAUACGAUAGUAUCAUAUAUGGACUGGGGAAUUAAGAGAGACAAUUGCUAUUCGUGAGUCCUUAGAUGCCCAAGAUCUGGGUAGAGAUACUAUCGAUUAAAAAGUAGGAAAUAAUGGUGCUGCCACUUUUGAAGCUCGGCACGCUCGCGUUGAAGACCCUGAGUAAACCCAUUGCCGUUCGGCUCAAGACGGAAGCCGGGCGACACCCCAAGUUCCGCACUUUCAUCAUCAGCAUGGCUCAGGCAAACCACCGAAUCACAACGACAAUGCAAAGACGCAUCUAUGGUCAUGCAACGGAUGUUGAAAUACGACCCUUGAAUGAGGAGAAAGCUGUACAGAAUGCUGUAGACUUUCUUGGGGAAAUUUUUAUUUUCUCGGUGGCUGUAGCAGCUCUUGUCUUUGAAGUGCAACGUAAUUCUCGCUCAGAAGCUAAGAAGGAGGAACUUCGGCGGCGAGAUAUCGAGUGUUGAUGAAGUGAGAGGGAGUAACAUUGCCAUCGCUGUGGGAAUAUGUAGAUGAGAUUUCAGAUAAUUAAGUGUAGUGGAGAGUUGUAGAGCUGUUCUGGUGGAGUUACAAACAACCUUUGUGCUACAAGAUUUGGCAAAAGAUUUAGCAUCAAGUUUUCUGGUAGAUGUGGAGGCAAUGAGGGCGGCUGAGAUACAAUUUUAGCCACGUCAGCACGGGAUAAUUGUUUCCAUACGGGGCUAAAUGUCCGGCGCAGAGGAGCUAUUUGGACUGAAGCAAGUUUCUUUUCAACAAAAUCAAGAUCCUCCAUGACGGUUUCAAAAGUCUGCAUUGAAGGAGGAAUAUUGAUAGAAGCAAGUUUCCUUGUAGCGGCAGUCAGAUCCCUGCAUAGCAUUUGCGAGAGCCUUGGUUGUUUCAGAGAUCGAGACAUUCAAUUCUUGAAGAUUUUUACUCAAAUGUUCUUGGCCGUGUUGGAGUAUUGUCACUAGUAAGGCGUCAUCGACCUGCAUCGUUCUUGACUUCUUGCUUGAAGAGUUGGAUGUGCUGGUUCAUCAAUAAGACUUUUUUUGGGAACUUAAAUAAAGAAUCCAAGGGCUAACUACUUAACAACAGCUGCCACUACUCACAGUUUUCCGUUGACAGAGUAGAGCAGAAGCCAAUCCACAUAACCAAAGAUUCUGGAUUGUUGAUUUGUUGACUUCAGUAUUUUUUUGGAGGAUUCUGAGCACGAAAAUAAAACAGAAAGGGCAUGGAAGAAUUUGAACCGAGCAGGAACGUGAUAAAACAGAAGAGGUGUGGAAUAAGAUGAACCGGACAACAACGUGAUAAAACAGAAAAGGUGUGGAAUAAGAUGAACCGGACAGGAACAUGAUGGCUCUGGUAUCAAGUAUGUGAUGAUAAUAGUAAAUAACUAAAUAUAGUUGUGACAUAGGUACAUGGGCAAAUCCAAAAUUUGAGAGGAGCCUGGCUAGAUAAUGAGUUUAGUUUAAGAAAAGGAGAAAAGUGUUGCUCGAGUUGUUGGAUGUGGAUGGUUGGGUUGUUGUUUAAAUGAGUUUGCAUAGGUCCAAAAAACUACAAAUAUGAUAGGCUAGACUGGACAUGAGGUGGGCUGAUCAAUAACAAGAUUGGACUGUUAAUAUAAAUACAAUAAACUUUUGCACUGUAUAUAUGGACUUCAAAAUUGAUAGCCUGGGCUGAAGCCCAGCGAAACCUAUGGUAGGUCUGAACAUGGAUAGGCAGGUGUGGUGAUACUUGAUAGUGAGAGUUAUCAACACUUGUGUAAGGUGGCCUCACAACAAACUUCGCUUCAGUGAGACCUGUCACUUUUGAUCCUUUUCAUCUCAGAAUUUACACUUCAGAGUUCCAGGCCCAAAAAUGCUCGUGUUUCAAAAAUACUUAUUUUCAAAGAAUAAGUAAUUUAAGUACUUUUGAUAGGAAGAAAAGUAGGUUUACUCCAAAGAAGUCUUUCGUGACUGAAAAAGACUUGGGAAGUUCAACGAAGGAUGAAGCAAUGUGAAGACUGGCUGCUAAAUUACUAUUCACGAAGAAGGUAUUCAGCAUAUGGAACUUAGAUAUCUUUGGCAAUGUUUUGAAUAGUGUUAAAUAGGCUGAAGAGUUGUUACAAAAAGGGCGGUUAUAUUUUUUAUUCUAAUCCAUCCGAUAGCAAUUAUGACCCUUGUGCAAAAGCUAGGACUGAUCCUUGUAUUAGGCUUAAGAAUGAAGAAAUCUUUGGGAUACAAACAGCUCAUAUGAAAUGGCUUGAUGACGGAGAGAGUAAUACCAUUUUUUUCAUGCAACUGUUAAGGAUAGAAGUCACAAAUGUUUGAUGGAAGGAAGGCAACCAUUCAGGAUGAUAACCGUGUUUGACUUGCUGUUCAAGAACAGAUACAAACGGAGGGUCUAAGAUUAUUUACUGAUGUGUUUAAAGAGGAAGCCCCCAAGGAUCACACUUAAAUGCUUAUGAUUACACUUAAAUGCUUAGGAUCACCCCAACUUGGUUUCUCCGAAUGGUUAUGCUUUUCCAUUGAAAUUACAGGAGGCUUGAUGAGGUUAAGGUAGCAGUUUAGCACCUUGAUCCUCUUAGUGCUGCAGGGCCACAUGGCUACACAAGUGAACUUUUCAAAUCAUGUUGGGACAUGAUUGGUAAGGAUGUGAUUAGUGUUCAAACAAUUCUUAAGUGAGCAAGUGAGCUUCAUGGCAGGAAGAGAAGCUACUGACAAGGUCCUUGCUUUUGAACUAAUAAAGUAGCUGGAUCAUCAAAUAAGAGGCUCUAACAUUGCUAUUCAACUUGGUAUGGCAAAGCUUUUGAUAGAGUUUCCAAGAUUUUUGGGCAAGUUAGCACAAAUUGGUUUUGUACUAAGUAGGGAGAUCCCAAUGAGGUUAGUUUUGGCUUCUUCAACCCGCAUAGGGUGUUCUAAGUAGGGAGAUCCCUUAUCACUUUAUAUCUCUUUGUUAAUGGCUGAAGCAUUGAUUAGGGAUCCAAAUAAUAAUCUCAUUCAUGAAGGUAAAUUUGAAAACAGGGUUGGACUUUUCCUCAUCAGGUCCUCUUAGCAUCGGGGUUUCUUAUGAGGUGGUGAAAUGUAGAAACUUAAGCACUCUCUCUGCUAAAAUCAGUUGGUCUCAGAAUGCUUCUAAGCAAAUUCACAACUUAGCUACUCCCCCCAAUGGACUACUCGAACUCAGAACUCAAUACAGAUGCCUCACUACGAGUUGGGAAAGCUUUUAGUGGAGCUGUAUUGCGUGACCAUAAUGUUAAGCUUAUUUGUGCAGCAUCAAUUCGAUUGUAAGGUAAUGCUAUAUGUUGUGGUGUAGAUCUAGUGUACAAGCAAACUAUCGUAACAUCUUGUUGAAAUGGAUUCAUAAAUAUUCCUCAUAAAAUUCGGAAAGACUUAGUUGACAUCAAUUGCGCCUCUGGUCCCCUCAUGAACAAAAUACAACAUGUCUGUGUAGGGGGAAGCAUAGCAUGUCGCAGACUUCCCCGUCUCCCAAGAUUCUGCAGAAAUCUAUUCUUGUUCUCUUGGUCUUCCGACUCCCUAUAGAUUGACUUUAUUAUGUUCAGAUUUUUUGAAACUUUUAUCGAAUAGAUUAAGUCACCCUUGCCACUCACUCUGAAGUAUCUUCCAGGUUAUUUAAAUUUUAAAAUAAACGAAUAAAUCAAAGGAGGCGUUUGACAAGAAAUUGAAGAAGUGCUUUUUAUGGCAAACAUUAUGCUUAUUUAAGAAAACAACCGAUAUCUAAAAACCAAGAUUUUUAAGUCUUUAGGUGCUUGAAAAGGAAUUAAUCACGAGUAAGUUCCCUAAACCGGCUCUCAGUUUUGAGCUGAUAAGUAAGUGGCCUCACAUUAAUUUUGGUCAAUAUUUAGUUUUCACUCUUUUUAAAUUUGAAUAGCAAAUGAGCAAUAGUUUCAAUGUGUGGUUUUCAGCAAAUGAGGCAACGGGAGGAAGAGUUAGCGAGGGAUAUCGAAGUGCUUAAAAGCAAGAUUGAAGAGCUUGAACAGCUGGCUAGGGGGAGAGGGCUUGCUGGUAUGUUCAAAUACAUACACCCCCAGACUGAACAAGGCAAGUCAGCCACCCCGGCAUGAUCUAUCUUGGUCUCAAGGAUCUCACUGCUAAAUGUUUCUACACAUUAUUUUCCCAUUCUUUGGUAGAUCACAUAACAAAGACAUUCUGAAGCUCGGGAUGUAGCCGAUUUUACAACAGAAAUAAUUACAACAAAAUGCAGAAUCCUUGCAAUCUUUUUUAUUUUAUAUUUAAUUUUGUGGCAUUUGUUUUGCUCCAAGAGUAUAAUAAACCAAACCUUCAGUUUUGCUAAAAGGUAUGCACUUAGAGUGGGGAGUUCCACCCGUGUCCGUAGAUAUUUAUAUAACCUGAC